GGAACACGGAAUCGCGUUUGAAGCUGUAAGCAUAACAAUUGAAACAAUUUUAAAUCUUUACCACGUUAUUUAGAAGAAUUUUUUUUUCAUUUUCAGAACCGCUCUUUACUUUUCGAACUCACCUAUUUUAAUUGGUCACACCAAAAGAGAAGCAAUCUCGUCUCGUGUGCACAACGUACCAACCUCAAACGUUGAAAAGGAAGUGAAACCUCGCAUCUAUUCGAUAACGUUGGUCAACUAUUAAUAAUCUACCAGGCGUCUCGGGAUGGGUCGCUCGUCCAAAGACAAACGGGACAUUUACUACCGGCUGGCCAAAGAGGAAGGCUGGAGAGCGAGGAGCGCCUUCAAGCUGCUGCAGCUCGACGAGGAGUUCAACCUGUUCACUGGUGUGAACAGAGCUGUGGAUCUCUGUGCUGCUCCUGGCAGCUGGAGUCAAGUUCUCAGUCGGAAACUCAGAGGUCAUGGGGAGAAGUGUGAGGGCGGUGAAGAGGUGAAGAUUGUGGCGGUCGACCUCCAGGCCAUGGCUCCUCUUCCAGGAGUCACUCAGAUUCAAGGAGACAUCACCAAGGUGUCGACGGCCGAGGAGAUCGUCCGCCACUUCGAGGGCCAGCCGGCGGACCUGGUGGUGUGCGACGGCGCUCCUGACGUAACGGGCCUCCAUGACGUGGAUGAGUACAUUCAGGCUCAGCUGCUGUUGGCUGCACUGAACAUCACCACUCACGUACUUAAACCAGGAGGAACCUUUGUGGCGAAGAUCUUCCGAGGCAAAGACGUGACACUGUUGUACUCGCAGCUCAAGAUCUUUUUCGGCGGCGUGACGUGCGCCAAGCCUCGUAGCAGCCGAAACUCCAGCAUAGAAGCAUUUGUGGUGUGUCAGAACUACCGCCCUCCAGACGGUUACGUGCCCAACAUGUCCAACCCUCUGCUGGAUCACUCCUACGACGUGGACUUCAACCAGUUAGAAGGUCCAAACCGCAUCAUUGUUCCAUUCCUGGCGUGUGGAGAUCUGAGUGCCUUUGAUUCCGACAGAACCUACCCACUGCAGUUGGAUGCUGGCAAGGAGUACCAAUACACCCCCCCCACCCAGCCGCCCAUCAGCCCCCCAUACCAGCAGGCCUGCCACCUGCGCAAAAACAACCUGCUCUCCAAGGAGGACUCUCCUUCUUUACCGGGACCACGACAGAGCGGAGACCAGGCCCAGUCGGACUGACCCGGACGAGUUUUAUUAGCAUGUAAACAACAAUCUUACGUUUUUAAAUGAUUUUUUUAAAAAAUUCCAGGCAGCGUUGGCGGCUGGCUGAGCGCUUUGUACAUCUGCUUCACAUAUCCAAUGGUCCUUUUUUUUUUGGUCUGUAUGCGCUUUUACAUUGACUGGUGUCAGUUUCUCAAAAUGGACUCUGACAAUGACUGGCAAACCAGUUCACGAUCUGUCGAUAUGGCCUGACAUUGACUGGCGACCAAUCAAGGGUGUUCCUCGGGAUCUCGCCCAAGACUCAUUUGAAAGACCGUAGGUUCCAGGUCGCAUGUGACCCUAAAAUGAAGACCAAUGAAAAUGAAGAGACGGAUGUGCUGUAUUUCUUAUGUAGUGUUUGAUAGUUGUAUUUUAUGACCAAAAUGGAACAAAAAGGCAUUUUUU